AUGCCCGAAGUCUUACCCGGGAACCUGACCGGUCUCUAUUACAUUUCUCUCGGAAAUUUACCGUGGAAUCUCACUUGGAGACAGCUGAAGGACUUUGCACGGAAUCGACAGCCGGACGGUAGCUGCAUCGCCAUCGAGCAUGCACACGUCUAUGCCGACCAGACGGGGGGGUGGGUAAGCGUCCGGGGCAAAGAACACUACCUGCGAGCCAUGGAUCAUUUGAGCUAUGCCGAGAUUGGUGGCCAGAGGAACGGACGCGUUCUCCUGCCGCACUGCGUCAACGAGACCAGCUCUUUCAUGCUGCGGAGUGACAACGACAGUAGUCCAUCCUCGACAGGCAAUCGUCUGCAACAACAACAACAACAACAACAACAACCGACUGCCGCACCCUCACCCUUUCCUGUGCCGACACAGGCUCAACACCCGCAGCCAAACUCCAUGCCGCACACACAAAUGGUACAGCAACAUCCGACCGAGCCCAGUCUGGGGCCGCAGAACUUCAAUAACCCGGCAGCAAACUACGCUCCGAUGUCUCCUACGUUCUCCGAUUCGUUCUAUCAGCUACCAUCUCCCCACAGCACCUCCAACACUUCCUUCGAUGGACUGAUCCCGUCCGAAUAUACCACAUAUCACUCCUCGGCGUUGAUGUUCCCCAGCAACCUCGCCACCUCUCUUCUUGUCCGACCGUUCUCCAGCCCGGUCUAUAUGGUACCGCAGCAGCUCCCACUGUCAUACCAGCACCAGCACCAGCCCAGUCCCAUAUCCAUGCCAUCUCCCGCAGGUGCAGGAUACACCCCACGAACCAGCCCUCCCUUGACUUCGAUCCCAUCCCCAACCCCUCCUUCCCAGGCGGUCAGAACCAUCAGAACAGAAGCCCGCAAGAUCGUCAUCAAGGGACUGCCUCUCCACACCACGCAACACGAGCUACAGGAGCUUCUCAGCCGAGUAUCAUCGACGCCCAGCGCGAGCUCGAGCUCGAGCCCCUGCUCCCGUCAUCACCAGCGGCCACCCAAGGGCACCACCCACUACCACCUCCAGACCCUGGAGAUGGCCAAGCACUCCGACGGCCGACCCAAAGGUCUCGCGUUCGCCGUCUUCGAGUCGCACUACACGGCCAAGAAGGCCAUCGAGUACCUGAACAGCCGCACGUGGCAGAACAAGCAGCUGACCGCGCGCUUCGCCAAAGAAGGCUACGUCGAGCCCAGCCGCGGCUGCCCGCCGGCGAACCGCUCCCGCCACCAAGCCCCAAGCGGCGCAAGCGCAAGCCCCGAGAAUUCUUCUUUCCGAGGGGACCAGAGAGGCAGGGGCGGGGCCACGGCAGCUGAACGGCGCCGCCUAGUCGAUGGGCAGGGACAUGAUCGUCGUGAUGGAGGUGAGGAUGAGAAGGGGGAGCCGGGCACGCAGGAACAACAACAGCAAAGACAACAACCGGCUGCAGAGGCAGACUUCGACGCACGGUUCUCCAGUCUCGACAUCGGUAUCGACUACCGAGACGGCGUGGCGCCGUCGUCAUCUUCCUCGUCCUCUUCCUCUUCCUCGUCCCUCUGCUCCGCUGCUUCAUCGUCCGCAAGGGACCACAGCGUGCCGAGUCUGGGCAGUCUGAGUAGCGAGGGCGAGAAGGAGCGCGGGAGGAGGAUGCGCGGCAACGACGUGCGCCGGAACACGCCGCUGGUGGUGGAUGGGAGCUCGCCGGGUAAGCGACACCGGUAG